UUUUAUUUUUUUCACCGGCGUUUAACUUUAAUGCAUUUAAAUAAUAAAAUGGGUUUAUGCAUGAGUCGAUGUUAUACAGAAGUCAGCCGCUUAAGUUGUUGGAGGCUGAAUGCUGGCAUUGAAGACCGAGACAGGCUAAUUGAUUUUGACAUGUUUUUAGAUGAACAAGCAGCUCCAAGACCUCUCAGUUUAAUAUCACUUGAAAAAGAUCUAGUUUCUAGUGAUGUCUCAUUACUGCAUGAUUCAGAAAGUGAAGAUUCAGAUGUUUUAUAUCAGCUUGGUGUUGAUAAUGAAGAACUUGAACUUCAGGAAGAAAUUGUGGCCACUGAAUUCUUCAAAGAAGCUGAUAAAAUAAAACAGAUUGCUGAAAAUUCUACUGAAUUGAUAAAUCCAGCUAAAUUAGCUCUGGAUACUACUGCACGUUGGGAGAGAUUUCAUACAAAUAGCAAAGAAUCACAAGGACAGGAAAAAGGUGAAACUUCUAAUGAAAAGCCUCUAAAAGAGCAAGCAAGUUGUAGCAGUCCAUCUUCUUCUGUUGAAUUAGAAUGGGAAAAUGAAGAUGGGCUAUCUCCUGUCACUCAUAUACCUGGUCGUGAUGACCCAUCCUCAGACACAGCCAGCUGUUUAUCAGAGCUUUCAACUCCAGUGUCCAAUGGGAAUGAAGAACUUGAAUGGGAUGGUCAUUUCACAAGCACUCACAUUAGUCAGCUUGAUAUGGAAACUGAGAGAUUAAUAUCAGAAAUAGAGCGCUUGACUUCUGGAGCUCUACAAGGAGCUGAAUCAUCCAAUAGAUGACAGGUUCCAAGAUAAACAAGAUUUUAUGCAGAAUUCAAAAAAAGAUGUCUGUUCUAGACUUCAUAUUUUGCUUGAAAUGACAUAUAUAUCUAUCCAACAUGCAUUUCUAUGACAGCUGGAGUUCACCAUGUAAAAGAAGCUCGCCAAGAAAUUAAUAUCUCUUAAUGCCUUAUAUUUCUGCUGUGAUUAAAAACUAAUUUCAUUGAUCUUCCGAAAGCUCAUCAACUCAUCAGCAACUUUUUCAAAAGCUGUUCGUUUAUAUGCUCAAUUUUUGUGAAAAAUAUGUGUAAUUGUGAGUUUCAAUGAUGAUUCAUUUAUAUGAAUUAUUCUGAAACUUAAAUAUUUGUGGCAAUUCAUCAUAAUAUAUAAUAAUGUAUACUUCCUUCAGUAAUCAUUUGUUGAUACAAUAUUCAUAAUCAAAGUUUCCUGUUACUAAAGAUUACUACCUCUUUAUCUGUAAUUGAAUAAGAUUGAAAUGUGCCAUUAUAUUUAAUCAUAUCUGUAUUUUUUCUGUUGCCAUUUUUUUUAAAAUUUGCUUCUGCAUAGUAGCAUUAUUAACUUGUCGUAUGUAAAUCAGCUGGUGUAAUUAUGCUAAAUUGAAGUAUGCUUACAAAUGCGAUUAUUUUUAUAUUGCCAGAAGUGUAUCUAAUCAUUAUUCAAGCAUUCUUUUUUAAAAAGGUGAUCUGCACUUUACCAUGAUAAUAUCUGUUUCAAUGUAUAUUCUGAUACAUAUUUUUUUAAUGUAAAAAUAUUCUUAUUGCUAAAAAUUACUGUAUAUAUUUAUAUAUUUUUGAAGAGGUUCCGAUUAAUUUACAUGAUAGACACUAAAUAAAUGUUUUUAUGUUUUUUAAAGCAUUUUUUCUAUUCUUACUUUCAAAACAUAGUAUAUUUCUUUAUUUUUUUAUAUUCCUUUAAUUUUGUCACACAGAUAGUAUUUAUUUAAUUGUUUAAACUUUAAUUUUUUAAAGUACUAAUUGUCAUAGCAAAGGUUUCCAUAUAGAGUUGUAAACAUCACUCAUCAUUUUAACAAUUGAAGAUGAAAAGAGACUAUGAUAAAUUGGGAAAUAAUUGGUGCUUUUUCUUGCUAAAUUAUUUUCUUACUAAAAUUAAA